AUGGUUUAUGAUUUAAUCGUUAUUGGAGGAGGAAGUGGGGGUAUGGCAGCUGCUAGAAGAGCCGCCAGAAAUAAGGCAAAAGUUGCUUUGGUUGAAAAAUCCUAUUUAGGAGGAACAUGCGUAAAUGUAGGAUGUGUUCCAAAAAAGAUAAUGUUUAACGCCGCAUCAAUUCAUGACAUUUUACAAAACUCAAGACACUACGGAUUUGAUACCAGAUUUACAUUCAAUCUUCCACAAUUAGUAGAAAGAAGAGAUAAAUAUAUCAGAAGAUUAAAUGAUAUAUAUCGAAAUAAUUUAAAGAAUGAUAAUGUUGAGGUUUAUGAGGGAACUGCUAGUCUUAUAAAUGAACGUAAAGUUCUUAUAAAAAGUAAAAACAAAUCAGAAGAUGAUGAAAAAAAUCAUGAAAUAAUAGAAGGAAAAAAUAUAUUAAUAGCAGUUGGAAAUACGCCAGUUUUCCCAACAGUUAAAGGUGUCGAACAUACAAUUUCGAGUGAUGAAUUUUUUGAUAUCAAAGAAGCUAAAAGAAUAGGAAUAAUUGGAGGUGGAUAUAUAGCUGUUGAAUUAAUUAAUGUAAUAAAAAGAUUAGGAAUAGAAUCAUAUAUUUUUGCAAGAGGAAAAAGAUUGUUAAGAAAAUUUGAUGAAUCUAUUGUAAAUGAAUUAGAAAAUGAUAUGAAAAAAAAUAAUAUAAAUAUUAUAACAAUGGCAAAUGUAGAAGAAAUAGAAAAAGUUCAUGAUAAAAAUUUAACAAUAUAUUUAAAUGAUGGACGAAAAUUUGAGCAUCUUGACUAUGUAAUAUAUUGUGUUGGUAGAUCUCCAAAUACAAAAAAUUUAAAUUUAGAAAAGUUAAAUAUUACAACAAAAAAUGAUUAUAUUAUUGUUGAUGAUAAUCAAAGAACAAAUUUGAAAAAUAUUUUUGCAGUUGGUGAUUGUUGUAUGGUUAAAAAAGGAAAGGAACUUGAAGAUUUAAAUUUAUUAAAAUUAUAUGAUGAACAAAUAUAUAUAAAUAAUAAAAAAAAUGAUACAGAAGAUUCAUUUUACAAUGUUCAACUAACACCAGUUGCUAUAAAUGCAGGUCGAUUAUUAGCUGAUAGAAUUUUUUUAAAUAAAACAAGAAAAACAAAUUAUAGUCUUAUUCCAACAGUUAUAUUUUCACACCCACCUAUAGGUACAAUAGGUUUAUCAGAAGAAGAAGCAAUAAAUAUAUAUGGAAAAGAAAAUGUUAAAAUAUAUGAAUCCAAAUUUACAAACUUAUUUUUUUCUGUAUAUGAUAUAGAACCAAGUCAAAAAGAAAAAACUUAUAUUAAAUUAGUAUGUGUUGGAAAAGAAGAGCUAAUUAAAGGGUUACAUAUAAUAGGGUUAAAUGCGGAUGAAAUCAUACAAGGUUUUGCAGUAGCAUUAAAAAUGAAUGCAACCAAAAAAGAUUUUGAUGAGACAAUUCCAAUUCAUCCAACAGCUGCUGAAGAACUUGUAACUUUACAUCCAUGGAUGAAAUAA